CAAUAUUUGCAGUGAACAUUGUUUACAUCGUCAUAGUAUAUCUAUUAGAAAAGCUAGACCUGAUCGGAAAGUGACGAUGGCUGUUGCGGAAGAAAACUGGCAGACGGCAUUAUCAACUAUCACUCGGAGAACUACGUUUAUUUUCAACAACGAGUUAUUAAGCGAUGUGAGGUUUGUUGUUCCAGUUUCGACUGAACAAGGUGGAAUUAACAUGGCGAUCCCGGCUCACAAGUUUGUGCUCGCCAUCAGUAGUCCUGUAUUCUUCGCCAUGUUCUAUGGUCAAAUGGCGGAGACUAAAGCCUCUAUUGAACUGCCUGACUGUGAGUACGAGAGUCUGUUGGAAUUGUUUCGUUUCAUGUACAGCGACGAAGUGAAUUUAAGCGGAAAUAAUGUGAUGCAAGUAUUAUACUUGGCGAAUAAAUACAUGGUGCCCUCUCUAACUGAGAAAUGUGCCAAAUAUCUUCGAGAAAAUUUGACAGCAUCCAAUGUGUUAUGUAUUCUGCCGCAAGCUCAGAAAUUUGAAGAUAAAGAUUUGGAAGAUCGCUGCUGGAAAGUGAUUGAUAAACAGACUGAAGAAGCUGUGACGUCAGAUGAAUUUGUAACAGUUGAGCGAUCUCUACUUGAAUCUGUUGUAAAGAGAGAACUACUCAAUGUGAAAGAAGUGAAAUUAUUCAAGGCUGUUGAUCGAUGGGCCACCAAGGGAUGUGAACGAGAAGGGAUCCUCCCUGAUGGACUGGCGAAGAGACGAAUUCUAGGCGAAGAGAUCGUGAAAGCAAUACGGUUUUCCAUGAUGUCGCAGGAGGAGUUCGCUACAGUUGUGACUGAUUCUCACAUCCUCAACAUGCAAGAGGUUGAAGAACUGAUGAAACAAUUCCGUGAGGAUACAUCAGUAUCAUCUGAGUCAUUCUUGAAUGUUUCAAGAGCGCGUUGCCUUAAGUAUGUCCAUCGAUGUAGUAGAUUUACAACGAUUGUACCUCAAUCUUAUGACUCCGGGUGGGGAUAUACACGCGCAUAUUUGCUUGGAGUGUCCUCCUGUUAAAAAAGCACAAGAUUGGAAAAAAAAGCAUUAAAUAGAUAGACCACUCACAAACAAGCCAAACUGGUGGAGAGAAAGACAGACCAGACGUUAAUAUAAAGACAAAGCAGACAGUUGGACAGACAGAUAAGGGCAGACACACAGAAAGAAUAGAAUGCUAGAUAGACAAACUUGACUGCUGACAGAAAGACUACACUAGGAGACAGUCAGACUGACAGACUAGACUGUCAGACUGAAAGACCACUCUUAGACUCUUCCAUGCCUCUCUCACAGUUAUGCCUUGUAAUGCAAUUAUGAAAAACACUUUGUUUGAUUCAUUUUAGUUUACUCCUUGAUUUUUUCUGUGUAAAAUGCAUGCAACAGUGUAUACACAAUUUAGUAUUACUAAAAAAAAAACAAGAAAAAAAACAAGAAAGAAAACAGAAACAGUCAUAUGCAUGGACCUCAGAGUUGUCUUGACAAUCAUUUUCUUCUAAUUUCUUGUCUAGUUGUUCCAUUUCUUGGCAAAUCUGUUGGUUAACCUGCAUAACCUGUCUCCAGAGGCCCAAUUUAACAUACUCAUCUGGUGGGGCUAGGGAUGGUUUUAUUUUCACAUCCUGUCCACAAAAAAUAAAAAUAUGAUAUUAAGUAAAUGAAAAAUUGUCGAGUACUAUGUAUAUUUAAAAAGUCACUCAUUGUAUCUGAUUAGCGCACUCUAGCUGUGAAUCACUAACCACUUAAUAGAUGAAGAAGUGUUUAUUAAUUCAAUGUGAGCCUAACUGGGGUCAAAGUAUUGGAGAAUUUUGCUUCAGAAACUAUGAUAUUUAUCACCACUUCACUUCUCAUCAUCACCAUGAAAGGGUACCCCCUCCUUUUAGGAAACUAUGAUACUGACCAAGUUUUAUAAUUCCAAAGAGUAACCAAACCAACUGAAAUUGUCUUUCACCCUCUACACCCUGACAUCAGUAUGCAUUCUCCACAUUUUUCUCUACUGUUUACUUAGGAAUUUGUUCAAAAAUCAAGAGCUGCUUUAGUUGGUAACUAUUUCCUGUUCUCAAAGCCUUCGUGUUGGAUUAAGGGGAGAUUUUGUAAGGAGAAAUUAGAUGCUGGUCACUGUUAGGGGUUAAAGGGUUGAAUGUGCCAAAACAUUGACUGUAGAAUAUCAGUUUUGUCAUACAUGAUCUACAUGAUAUUUUAAAAUACAGAAAUUGAAAUUAAAUCAUUAACUGAACCUUGAGGAAGACAUCCAUAGUAAUAUCCUUCAUGAAACUUCUCCCUGUGAGUAAUACAGAAUGACACCAAAAUUAGACUCUGCUGUCUAGCUCUUGAGCAAUGUUGUACUACUUUUUUUUUGUUAAUUUCAUUGGUACCAGCUACUUGUCAAUUGUACAUUAGACCAUAGGA